CACAGACCCCGGAAAGGACAGCCUGUCUGCUUGUUGUCUCCCCGUAUCCCGAGCCCGGAGACCCCAGAAAGCCCACGGCGAGGGCCUCAUCUGCUGCUGCAGGUGCUGGCUCAGCCCUCGCCGUGGCGCCGUCUGGCCUUUUGGCCACAGGAGGCCGAAGAGCUCCACAGAGGAGACCACCAGAGACCUGGAUGAAGGGGACAACAUCACCCUCCCUGACCACGGGGCCAGAGGGCCACAACCCCAACAGGGGCCAGAGCAGGAUGGAGUGUGAGACUGAGACGGCUGGGGACGUGGAGGACACUGGCCUGCUGCCCGCGCCCCCGGUGAGCGAGUGCCCCUCCACCCUCCAGUGGGUGACAGGUCAGCUGGUCACCAGGGCCUUGUCACCCACGGACGGAGCUGGAUGGACCAACCGGGGGGCACCUGGUUCAGCCCUGGUCACUGCCAGCCUCACGGCCCAGGUGGGCUGCCCGUGCAUGAACGUUCCGGCCUCGCUGCAGCUGUGCCGAACCCAGUGGUCCUGCACACACAGCUUGAGGGUCUCCAACCAAAGGAGGCUGAAGCAAGCUCUGGCCCCACCUGCUCCACCAGCUCAACCUCCAGCUCUGCCACCAGCACCAGAGCAAGCAAGAUCUCUAGAGCUGGAGCCCCCUCCAGGGUGUGCCCAAGCUCUGGAGCUGGGUCCAGGUGCACUGUCAGCUCGAGAGACAGUUCUAGAGGUGGCACCGAUGCCGUCAGCAGCUGUGAAUCUGGAGGCAGCUCCAGAGCUGGAGCCCGUGACAAGUCCACGGCCAGCACCUGCCCUGGAAGCACGGCCAGUCCCCCCUCGGGCAGGGACCCUCGCCCAGGGAGAGCGUCUCCAUCCCAGCAAGAGGCAGCCGGUGGGCCCAAGCCUGACCUCUCUCCUGAGAGGGUGUUGUUUAUCUUUAUGUUUGCGUUUUUCUUUAUGUUUUAUGUUUUAG